GUGCACUGGCGGUAUCAGUGCUUUGUGUCCCGUCGCAAUGGGCAGACGUCUACUGCUGUGCCUCCUUCUGGCCGUGUCUGCGAAGACUCGGACUAUCUAUGUUGAGGAUACCAGGCCUACGGAAGAAGAGGUGUCGUUCAUGAAGCGAUACGGCUACCUGCCAGAAGUGCCCGAAGGCUCAUUAUUCUCUUACACCCCACUGUCUAUCACCGAGGCUGUGCGUCGGAUGCAGGCCUUUGCUGGCCUCACGCCUAGUGGAGUCAUAGACAAUGACACCAAACAACUGUUCAGGAAAAAGCGGUGUGGCGUCAAAGACAUCAUCACUACAUCAUCCAGGUCAAAGAGAUAUGUCACAAGAGAAGCAUGGACCAAGAAAAACAUUACAUACAGAGUGCUCAACGGCUCCAGAACGCUAGAGAAGCAUCGAGUAGAACAACAGAUGGCAGCCGCUGCUGUAUGGGCUCCGCACGCCGGGCUUACCUUUACUCGCCUGGACAAGGGACAGGCCGACAUCGAGGUCUCUUUCGUCACCUUGGACCAUGGGGACGGGUCUCCAUUUGAUGGCCCUGGACAGGUGGUGGCGCACGCCUUCUGCCCUCCGCUCGGUGAUUUACACUUCGAUGACGAUGAGAUCUGGAGUGAGUACCCCGCCUCGGACGAGGAAGACGAAGAAGCGACGGAUUUCUUCGCGGCCGCCGUGCACGAGAUCGGGCACUCGCUGGGCCUGGCGCACUCGGACGUGAGACAGUCCGUCAUGUACCCCUACUACCGCGCGAGGGUGCAGAGCCUGUACGAGGACGAUAUCUUGGGCAUGCGGGCGCUUUACAUAAAGGACCAGCAACCCGAGACCUCUGCGUUGACAGUACAAACAGAGGACCCGAUGGCGCCGCGGUUCUCCCUUGACCCUGGUGUUACAGACGAGGAGGACGUGCCAGACCUGUGCUACACCAACUUUGACACCAUUCAGGUGCUGCAAGGGAAGAUAUACGUCUUUGAAGAGGAGUGGGUGUGGGUGCUCAGCGAGCGCAAGGAGAUAGACCCGGGGUACCCGAAGCGCUUCCAUGACGUGUUUCAUGGAUUGCCGGAACAUGUUGACACCAUCAGGACUAUUUAUGAGAAGCGCAAUGGAAACAUCGUCAUAUUCAAAGAUAAGCAAUACUGGGAGUUUGGCCCAAAUUUCCGCCUGAUCAAACGCGGUCGCCUGCGAGACUACCGCCUGCCCGGGCGUCUGCAGGAGCUGACUACGGUCUUCCUAUCCAACUACAAUAAUAAGACGUACCUCAUCGACUCUGAGCGCUUUUGGAGGUUCAAUGAGGACACUUGGACUAUGGAUAAAGGAUACCCAAAAGGCAUGUCGGCGUGGAGGGAUCUUCCGUACCCAGUAGAUUCAGCAAUUAUUUGGAAGGGAGACACAUAUUUCUUCCGCGGCCCUCGCUUCUGGCGCUUCGACAACGCUCAGAUCCGCGCGCACCCCUACUACCCGCUCUUCACCGCUCAGAUCUGGUUCCCGUGCGAGCCCACGCCUGACAUGGUGCAGUACACUAAGAACGAAGAUUAAAAAUCUUCGAGAUCGUAAGAUUUAAAUAUAGUUAACUGUGAUAA